AUGAUUAACAUCGUAUCAAUCGAUAUUAUUGAUUGGUUAAUGUUCCAAAUAAAAUUAAUUUUUCUUUUUUGUUUAUUUAGAUCGACAUCGACAUCAACAUCAAUGGAUAUUACUGAUCAACAUCAACGUCUAUGGAUAUUACUGAUUUUAUUAACAUUAAAAUUACAACAACAAUUCUCUUGUGAUCGACAAACAUCCUGGCUUGUCCAAACAUAA